AUGCAUGAGCGUUUCAAAAGUAAAGCUGUUUGCGAAAAUAUCGGAAUCGUGCAGCGAAGUUUUGUACCACUGCGAACAGUUUCAGUCUCUGAUCUAGGUUAUUCGAUUUUAACCGAUGCAAGUAAGAACAGAUCUCUCAAGGAUGGUGGAAUGUUGCCACCAAAAUUAGUACUUGCAGCAAAAGUCCUGUCGUUGUCUAGUUCAGCUAUUAGUCUGGCUAUGAUACCUGUAAUGUCGCAGAUUUUAACUCAGAAACCAGGCACUGGAACUAUUGCUGCGGUUCUGGAUUCAUUUUUCAUUUUGUAUGCUUUCACACCGAUAUUACUGCAUCAGAUUUUGGUAAAACGUUAUAUAGUUGAUUUAUUUUACAAUCCUGAAACAGAGAUCUUCACAUCGGUGCAUUUUGGAUUUUUCCUAGGAAAGAAUGCUUUGAGGUUCCGAGCCGAAGAUGUAGUAGAUUCCAAUUAUUCACCGGAUAUGUUGAAAUUAUGGUUUCCACUUGCUACUGCUGUUAUACAUGGGAAACCAUUAAUGCUUUGUUUAAACGAAAAAAUUUAUAAUGAUGAUUUAAUUUUUCGAAAAUUGACUCAAAAUAUUAAAUUUACUAGUUAA